AAAGAGGGAAAAAGGAGGCCCACACCCAGUAGCUAACAAAACAACCUAAUGGUCCUAAAGCUGGAAGAUACAUUCUUGGAAUAACAGAUAGAAGAGAGGGUGACACAGUAACUCUUUCUUCUCUAUUUUCUCUCAUCCAAGUUCCCUAGCCAUUUUUAGGCAUCAAGAAAGAUGUCAACUUCGGAUGAACUCAACUCCUAUCCACAUGUAGCUAUCCUCCCAAGCUCUGGUAUGGGACAUUUGAUGCCCUUUCUUCGACUAGCUGCAACACUAGUUCAACAUCACUGCCGUGUCACUUUAAUUACGAUCUACCCGACUGUCUCAGUUGCAGAGUCUAAAGUUAUAUCUCGUCUCUUCUCUGCUUUUCCUCAGAUAACUGAAAAGCAGUUUCAUCUCCUUCCUUUUGAUCCCACUUCAGCCACUUCUGUUGACCCUUUUUAUCUCCAGUGGGAAGCCAUUCGUCGUUCAUCUCACCUUCUCACUGCUCUCCUCUCAUCAAUAUCCCCUCCUCUCUCUGCCCUUGUCUUGGAUGUUACCUUGACUUCCUCUGUUCUUCCAGUUACCACAAACAUAGGUCUACCUAAUUACAUCAUGUUCACAUCAUCGGCGAGAAUGUGUUCUUUCUGCGAGUCUUUUCCCCCUUAUGUUGCAUCGAAAACCAGUUCUGGUUCUGUUCAAUUCGAUGACGUUUUUGAAAUUCCAGGCCUUUCUCCAAUUCCCAUUUCAUCAAUCCCUCCGGCAUUACUAAAUUUAAAUAAUCUCUUUAGUACUACGUUCAUACAAAACGGUCAGAGCUUCGCCAAAUCAAGUGGGAUUAUAAUUAACUCAUUUGAAGCACUAGAAGCCGACAUUCUACAUGGGGUUAAUGGCAAAAGAGCUGCAGAUGGGCUUCCACCCUUCUAUGGCAUCGGACCACUUUUGCCAUGCGAAUUUGAGAAAAUAGAGUGCAGUGCGCCUGUGAAGUGGCUUGAUGACCAACCAGAGGGGUCGGUCGUGUAUGUUAGUUUUGGCAGUAGGUCCGCCUUGUCAAGUGAACAAAUAAAGGAGCUUGGAGAUGGCUUAGUAAGGAGUGGGUGUAGAUUUAUUUGGGUGGUGAAAUGUAAGAAAGUCGACAAGGAGGAUGACGAAAGUUUGGAUAAUUUGCUGGGUCAUGAGCUCAUGGAGAGGAUUAAGAAUCAUGGGUUGGUGACAAAGGAGUGGGUAAAUCAACAAGAGAUACUGGGUCACAGGGGUGUUGGCGGGUUUGUUACUCAUGGUGGAUGGAACUCAUUGGUGGAGGCUGCGUGGGACGGAGUACCAAUGUUAGUAUGGCCACAAGCUGGGGAUCAGAAGAUCAAUGCAGAGGUAAUUGAGAGAAGUGGGUUGGGAAUGUGGGUCAAGAGGUGGGGCUGGGGUACAGAGCAGUUGGUGAAAGGAGAGGAUAUCGGAGAAAGAAUUAAAGAUUUGAUGGGGAACGACCAGUGGAGAGUGGGAGCUAAAAAUAUUAGAGAAGAAGCAAGAAAAGCUGUUGGAUUUGGUGGCAGUUCUGAGAGGAUGUUGGAGGAGCUUAUGGAGGAAUGGAAGAAGAAUAGUAGCAUAAUAUGAUGGUUGAUGACUCCAUGGUUUGGCACCUAGGCUAGCAGUAGCAGCCCACUUUAUCACUAAUUUGUUGUUCUUCUCUGUUGUUAAUUAAGUAAUGUUGAG